AAGACGAAGAAGUAGUCGGACGAACCCCCCCCCCCCAAAAAACAACAAGAAGUCUUGCUAUUUGGAGUACGAGGUGGACUAAAUUCUCCUUACUCCGGAUAAAUGUUUCUGCUGUCUAUCCAUGUAGAUGUAGACCAAUGUCGGACAAGCGUCAGCGUGCCAGAGUCCAGGGCUCCUGGGCCAAACACCCUGCAAAGCCCCCACAGCCAGCGGCUAGGCUAGGAACUUCUUCCAACAACCAACAGCUGAAAAGCGCCAGCUCAUCUCAUGAAUCUAAUUGGGGAGUUAAACAGCAGCGGACAUUUGAGUUUCAACAGCCCACCAAGCUAAUCAGAGAAAUCCCACCAGAGAAAGUGAUUGAGCAGGCAGGAGAUUAUGAGAUCAGUUACGGGCUAUCAGGAGUGUCCAGACUACGGCUGCUUCCUGGGUUCUUGCUGCCGGAGAAGGCUGACUGGAUGUUUAGCAAGCUGCUUGCAGAACUGCCCUGGUCCCAGAAGACUAACCUCAGACAGGGUGAGGCCUACGAGGAGCCCAGGUUGACCUGCUGGUACGGAGAGUUGCCCUACACCUAUGCUCGUUCCACCAUGGCAGCCACUACACAGUGGCACCCCUUGCUGUCAACCCUGCGCGAAGAGGUUGAGCGGGCGACUGGGCGGAGCUUCAACUCCCUAUUGUGUAACCUGUACCGGGACGGCCAUGACAGCAUCGGCUGGCACAGCGACGAUGAGGCCUCACUGGGUGACAAGCCCACCAUCGCCUCCCUCAGCCUGGGCGACACCAGGGUAUUCAGCCUUCGCAAGCAACCUCCACCGGAGGAGAAUGGAGACUACACAUACGUGGAGAGGCUUCGGGUUCCCCUUAGUCACGGAACACUACUUCUGAUGGAGGGAGCCACACAGGAAGACUGGCAGCAUCAGGUAGCUAAAGAAUACCAUGACCGAGGUCCUCGCAUCAACCUGACCUUCAGGACCAUCUACCCAGAGCCAGAGGGCCACAGACCAGGCACCAAGCUACGCUGCAUAGCUAAGCAACCCUGAACUUACUCAUGGAAUGGGAGAGGUCCAGGUUAGCAUCCUUACAAGGGGAAAAAGCCCGACAUAGAGGGUUUGCUAAAUGGUAUUAGCUGAACCAGGUGUGGUGCAUCAAUCAAUAUGUGGGGACCCUCGAAGUGUGACUAUAAAGACAAACAACUUUGUGAACGUUGGGAAAUGGAUGGUUGACCUUGCCAUUGAUUAAGUUUGAGGCCCUUCUUAGUGACCUCACACAGUCUGAAAUGUUUGCAAGCAAAGCUUUUAGUUUAAAAGAUGAGGUCAUAUUAAAGUUUGAUUCUCUCCGAGAUGGAUACAACUGUAAAUCUCCAUUCUUUGUUGCUGCUAAACAAGUGGUUCCCAUUUGGACUAUUUGGGGAUAAUAUCUAGGGCGGUGGUAUUAUUUCAGAGGAACUGAGAUGAAAAUGGGAUGAUGUCCCUGGAGAGGGCUUUAAAGCAUCACAUGGUGUUACUCUCACAAUUUUGGACACCUAUUCACUUUCAAAACAUUUAACAUGGCACCAUUGCUAUGAAGUUGUGUAUUUUUUGGAAUAGAAAGCAAUAGCCAUAAUAGAGAGUAAUUAAAUGGGGAAAGAUCAAUUGAGAAAUGCUCACUUCUCUCUCAACAACCUUCAGCAUGGAGCCCUUAAGCAAGGCACUCGGUGGCUGUAGCAGAGCUGCUCGGUAGCCUAUAGGUGUUUAGAACUGGGAUUAAACUGGACGACUCCCAUGUGUGACUCUGUAGAACUGAGACAGUGAAGCACGUUGACAGAAAAAAACCGGCAGACGUGUCUUUCCUGGUUGAAGGUUUAAAGAAAACUGGCCCGUUCCUAAGAAGGAAGAAAAGAACAAGAAUUCUUCAUUCUCAUUCAUUUGGAACAGACCAUCGGCGAGACAUUGAACCACUAUUUUGUAACUCGUUCAAGAGUCAGUCUGGGUAAGUGUACCGGGAAAAUGGGGGGAAAAAAAUAUAGAUGUUUGUGAUGGGGAGCUUUUAUGUGGAGACUGUGGCUGCUAUAAAAAGUGAAGGAGCAAGUUAAGCGACCAAUUAGGUUCAUUACAGCUCCAUUGGGAAUGGAGUUGGAUAAUAAUCCUGUUGGAUGAGUGUUUGGCAGACCAUUCCUUCUAGGGCUAGCUGGACUCUGUAAGAAUCCUUUAUCGGUGAGAACAGGAGGUCCUUUCAGUCCACCAUAGACGUGUUGAAUGCAAACCCAUGUUAGCGAUCCGUUUAUAAUACAAGUCUAGUAAAGAAAGCUGAUAUCCCUUUAAGAUAUGUUUCAUUGUUCCUGUCCAGGCAGAAGCAUAUUGUUUAAACAUCUGGCGAACAUUUUGAAAGGUCAGAGUAUUGACAAAAUGGUUGUGGCCUCAUUUGCGCUAGCUGAUAAAUCUUACCUAGACACUUUGUCUCGGCAUGGUUUUGUCUUUUUUUUGUAGCACUGCAGAGACGAAGGAGGCACUCUUGUUUUAAGUGGUUCUGAAAUAAACAGAAAAUGCGUGUAUUGCCAAUAAGAAAUUUGAGCCGUUUGUUCAAACCCCAAGUGGUGUAUGAAGAUGUGUAUGGAGUGCUGUGGUUAUUAAACGUUUGCUUGCUUUGUAAAUAUUAAAAGGGUUCG